GGUGAGUGAUCACACAGUACAUACUGAGGUACGGGGUUGCCUGGCUGUCUGAGUGGUGCUAAUCCAAACAAUGAGAUGCCAGACUGCAGGAGUGUUGGUUUUAACUCUAUCCCUGCAAUUAAUACAAGGCUUGGCAGAGGAUCUGGCUGAGGGGAAACAACUGAGUGAUAAGGAGAAUGGCGCCAACGUACUGGGAGAUGGAGAGACCUUUAUGGGCCAUUGGGUCGGUUGCGGUGAAGAGAUGCUUUCCAGCUCGCCUUCGGAUUCAGUGCAUGCUUUAAGACCUUCACAGAUCAAGGUUGUUGUGAAGUUGGGAGAUGCACUAACUGUAGACCCUCCGCAGCUCAGUGGACAUUUGUCAAGCAAUGAGAAGGAUCCAGGUUCUUGGAUGCCAGACUCCUUGCCAGAUAUUUUAAAAUCAUUUAAUCCUGGCGUGAUUGGAUACUCCUUAGGAAAUGGAAACCAUGCCAACACCUCAUUGGAUCAAUCUGUUGUGAGAGCAAAAGAUGGGGAAUUACCACGGCUGGCUCAAAAACUGGUGACCAGUUUGAAAAAUAACAGACUCAUUGACUUCCAGAAGGAUUGGAAGCUGAUCACAAUCUUCCUUGGCAUUGUUGACAUGUGUGCCUAUUGUACAGAUCAGGAAUUUUACUCAGCAGAAAGGGUUGUGCUUAGAAUUAAAGAAGCUCUGGAUAUAUUGCAUCGAGAGAUCCCGCGAGCCUAUGUGAAUCUUGUGGAGAUGCCAGAUAUUAACCUCCUGCACCAACUCGCUAACAGGGCCACUGGACCAAGGGGCUGGUGUGAGUGUUUGGUCAAACCCCAUGAAACUGUCGAUUUAUCUGCACAGAUUGUUAACUGGGACUACCAGAACACCCUUCAGGAACUGAUCUCCUCUGGGAUCUAUGACAAACGCAAUGACUUCACAGUGGUUCUGCAGCCCGUUCUCAAAAACAUGGAGAUACCUCUUACUGCAGAUGGGAAACCCAAACUUAGCUGCUUCACGCAGAGUGGCUUCCAAUUCAAUGCCAAGGGUCAUGCUCUCUUAGACAGCAGCCUUUGGAAUAACAUGAUCCAACCCAGUGUGGAUAGAAUUGAAGUCCUUGAAUGCACAGCCACAGUUCCUCAGCUACACUGUCCGUCCCAGGAGAGACCUUACCUCUUCACUGACCAAAACAGGAACUAUGGAAGCAGUCGGAGUAUGGAGGCAAGGGGGCCAAGCCAGCAGGAUUCUGGAAACAAAUUGACUUGUACAGAAAGGAACCCUUCUGAUGCUGUUCCAGUCUCAGUUCACAAGCUCAGACCAGCUGACAUAAAGGUGAUUGCUGCACUUGGAGACUCCAUCACGUCUGGAAAUGGAGCAGGAGCACGGCCCAAUAAUCUUUUCGAUGUUCUCACUCAGUACAGAGGACUUUCCUGGAGCAUCGGAGGAGAUGAAAAUAUAACUACUGUCAUCACAUUGACAAAUAUUCUCCGUGAGUUUAACCCUUCAUUGGUCGGAUAUUCCACUGGUACUGGCCGUGAAGACACUCCCCAGGCUUUCUUGAAUCAGGCCGUCGCAGGAGCUGAGUCUGGGGAACUGAUGAGCCAAGUCAAAAGCCUGGUGAAGCUGCUGAGCAAUGAUGUGAGAAUCAAUUUUCAAGAAGAUUGGAAGAUUAUCACCUUAUUUAUCGGAGGGAAUGAUCUCUGUGAAUGCUGCAAGGAUCCUAGCAAAUAUUCUCCAGAAAACUUUACAAACAGCAUCCAGAAUGCAUUGGAUCUUCUUCACAAUGAGGUCCCAAGAGCCUUCGUGAACCUGGUGACAGUUCUCAACAUUUUACCACUGCGUGAGCUUUUUACCAACACGGGAGUGAAUUGUCCACGAUUCCUCUUAAAGGUGCUCUGUGAGUGUGUCAUUAAUCCACAAGAUAAUUCAAUACAGUUGGAAAAACUCCAAGCCUUGAAUCGUAAAUAUCAGGAAAGAACUCAUAAGUUGGUUGAGUCUGGAAGAUAUGACACCAGGGAAGACUUCACUGUGGUUAUCCAGCCAUUUCUAGAGAAUAUUGAAAUACCACGAGACAAGAACGGCCUGCCCGACAGAACUUAUUUUUCACCAGAUUGCUUUCACUUCAGUUUGAAGGGUCAUUCACAGGCAGCUCUGGGUUUAUGGAACAACUUGUUGGAGCCUCUUGGUGAGAAGAAUGCCAAUCAAACGUUUGAUGGUCACAUCAACAUCAGCUGUCCUUCAAAGGAGCAGCCUUACUUGAGGACAUACAGAAACAGUAAUUUUACUUAUCCAAAUAAUCCUGGGCAGCUGACGACAGUGGCCCCUGAGACCACUGAAACCACAAUUGUUCCAUCGCAAGAGAUCUUCGGAAGCCAGUUACUUUGUAAGGACAGAGCUCCAUCAGACGUUAUUCCCAAUUCGGUUCACUCUCUACGACCGGCUGAUGUGAAAGUGAUCGGAGCAGUGGGCGACUCUCUGACGGCUGGCAAUGGAAUAGGCUCCAAACCUAAUGAUGUUCUGGACGUCUUAACACAGUACAGAGGCUUGUCCUUCAGCAUUGGAGGAGAUGAGUCAUUAAGAAGCUCCACAACUCUGCCAAAUAUUCUUCGUGAAUUUAACCCUUCAUUGACUGGAUUUUCAACUGGAAAGGGGAAUCUUGAAAAUCCCCAAACAUUUCUGAAUCAAGCUUUUGCUGGAGCGUUAGCUGCAGAUCUUCCAGAUCAAGUGAGAAGAUUAGUGAGCAUCAUGAAAAAUCAUCCGAAAAUUGAUUUUCAGAAUGACUGGAAGGUUAUCAACAUGUUUAUUGGUGGAAAUGACAUCUGCAAUUACUGCACUGAUUUGGCUUAUUACUCUCCUAUAAACUUUACCAGGCACAUUGAAGAAGCUUUAGACAUCCUCCUCAAAGAGGUUCCAAGAGCUUUUGUCAACUUAAUUGAGGUUUUAGAACUCAUUCCUCUGAGGCGCCUUCACCAAGACACCCAGCUGAGCUGUCCCAGAACACUUGUAAGAAUGCUGUGUUACUGUGUGGUGAAGCCCAAUGAAAACUCUCCAGAGUUACAGAUGAUGAUUGACGCCAACAAAGCCUAUCAGCAAAGCAUUCAAAAGCUUGUUGAAUCGGGCAAGUAUGAUAGUGGAGAGAACUUCACAGUCGUGUUACAGCCUUUCCUUCGGCACAUGGAAGUCCCAAUUUUAGAUAAUGGACACCCCGAUGUCUCAUACUUUGCUCCUGACUGUUUCCAUUUAAGCAGGAAGUUCCAUGUGCAGAUGUCAAAAUCUCUGUGGAAUAGCAUGUUGCAGCCUGUGGGCAAAAAAUCUGAUUUUCAAAAUGUUACAGCAAAUAUCUCGUUGAAUUGUCCAACCCAGGAUCAACCCUUCCUUAGAACAUUCAAGAAUAGCAACUAUACUUACCAAGGUCCAGACCCACCGAUCAAGCCUCCUGAGAAUUGGGGUAGCGAUCUCUCCUGUUCAGAAAACCUAACAUCAGAAACCAAACCAACAUCAGUUCACAGACUUCGACCUGCUGACAUUAAUGUUGUUGCAGCAAUGGGAGACUCUUUAACUGUUGGGUUUGGAGCCAAGGCAAAGACAUUGCUUCAAAUGAAGAUUCAAUAUCAAGGUGUUGCAUGGAGCAUUGGUGGGGAUAAAUCACUUGAGAUUGUGACCACUCUUCCUAAUAUAUUGAAAAAAUUUAAUCCAAAUAUCUACGGUUUUGCCACUGGGAUUGGAAAACAUAUGAGUAAUUUCAAUGUGGCUGUUCCAGGGUCAAUGUCCCAUGAUAUGCCAAAGCAGGCUCGUAUCUUGGUACAGCUCAUGAAGAACAGUUCAGAAAUCAAUUUUAAGCAGGACUGGAAAGUAAUCACCCUUUUCAUUGGAGCCAAUGAUCUCUGCGAGUACUGUAAGAAUAAGGAAGUGUAUUCUGCAGAUAGUUACGUGAAACAUAUUGAGGAGGCACUGGAUAUACUUCACCAACAGGUACCGAGAGCUUUUAUAAAUAUGGUGCAAAUUCUGGAAAUGAGUGGUCUUCGAAGACUAAAGAAUACAAUUGGCUGUGCAUUAUUACAGAAACAUAUUUGUCCUUGCUUUUUAAACCCAAGAGAAAAUUCUUCUGAGUUACAUGAGAUUAUGAGAGUUAACAAAGACUAUCAGACCAAAUUGACUGCAUUAAUUUAUAGUGGAAAAUAUGACACGAAUGAAGAGUUCACCGUUGUGUUGCAGCCCUAUUUUACAAACACAAUUGUUCCAUUAAACAGUAUUGGCCAUCCAGACCUGAGCUUCUUUUCAGUCGAUUGCUUCCAUUUAAGUGAACGAGGACAAGCUGAGAUGGCAAUUGGCUUGUGGAACAAUAUGCUGGAACGAACUGGACACAAGCAAAAUUACAAUAAUUUUACCCAUAACCGAACCAAACUGAAGUGUCCUACCUCUGAUGCACCCUAUCUGUUCACACAUAGAAACAGUGCAAUCAAACCAGAAAACACAUCAACAAAACCUACAUUGACAACAGUGACUACUACAGCUAAAGGAGUGCCCACGGCAGAGCAAAGAGUUUGGCUUAUUGUUCUAACAGCAAUGGUUGCAGCGAUAUUAGGACAGCAUUGGUCCUGGUCAUUCUAAACAUGAAAUCCUAGAAUAUGGAGAAUACUUAAAAACUGGAAAUGAGUACAAAUUGCCCCAUAAUGUUACUGAAUUCUUUUUAAUGUUGAAUUGGCCUUUGUCUCUCUGCUUUUAUAUUUUCCCAAUCAAUUUGAGGUUAGAGAAGGCUGUGUCAUCUAUCUAUUCACAGUAAAGGAUAUUCUAUUUCCUUGGGAUAAGUUUAAAAGUCCUGCAUUCAAUUUUUAGAAAAUGGCUCUCUAUAGUUUGAUUUUAUACCAUUAUGCAUUCCACAUUGUAUUUAGUCUUUUAGAAACCCAGGAGCACUGUGCUGAUAGCAUCAGUGAUUUAGGAGAAAGUGAGAACUGCAGAUGCUAGAGAUCAGAGUCGAAGAGUGUGGUGCUGGAAAUUCCUGAUGAAGGGCUUAUGCCCAAAACGUCAAAACUUCUGCUCCUCAGAUGCUGCCUGUCCGGCUGUGCUUUUCCAACACCACACUCUUCAGCUUCAGUGAUCUGACAACUAAAUUUCAAUCAAUUCGACUCACUCACUGUGAUGACAAGAAAUGACUAAAGGCACUGGAUAUUUGUUGAAAAUUAGAGUCCCCUUUAAAACUGAAAUUCUGUCAGUUUUUGUAUUUAAUAUUUUCUGUGCAGCCUGAAUUUUACAGCAGUUACUAGGCUUCUGCAUAUAUAAACAGAUAGAACAUAGAACAGUACAGCACAGAACAGGCCCUUCAGCCCAUGAUGUUGUACCGACCACUGAUCCUCAUGUAUGCAUGUCCAGAGGUCUCUUAAAUGCCCCAAUGACCCUGUCUCCACAACUGCUGGAUCUCCCAUAUAUAAGAACAGUUGACAGGUUUUAAGGAUCACUGAGGUCAUGACUAACACCAAAGAUUUAUCAGGUGCUGCACUACCCUAUUAUGAAUACAAUGUUUUAAAAAAAGAGUUUUUUAUUCUUAGUAGAAAUGCAAACAAACCUUCAAAUGGAGGUAGGAAAGGGGACAUUAUGGGGAGCUGCUUAUAGUCAUUGUUGUAUCAUUCAGCUGUCUUAAAUCUCUCAGCCAAAGAUUGCUGGCCCUGAAAUUGGGAUAGGUGGGGAUGGAUAUGGGGAGCUGCUUAUAGUCAUUGUUGUAUCAUUCAGCUGUCUUAAACCUCUGAGCCAGAGAUUGCUGGCCCUGAAAUUGGGAUAGGUGGGGAUGGACAGCUAUGAGAGGAUCCUGGGGUCAAGUCACCAUCUAAAUAUCAACCCAAGGGAAAAGCAAAGAUUUUUGUUAUGAAGACCACCAAAGACAACCACAAAAAACUGCAACGUAUCUGAAAUGUGGAAGUGUGCUGCUUCUAUUGCUGCAUUUUGUAGAACUUUGGGAUCAGUAAAGCAUUCUCAUCUGUC